CUAACGACAUAUCAAAACCAAACCAACCGGGCGCAAAUGCAAUUGUUUAGCAAUGUAUGAGCAAUCCUUAAAAGUGGCAGUGAUCGGAGCCGGCAUGGCUGGCCUACUCACCGCACGUGAGCUCAAAAGAGAAGGCCACCGGGUCAUUGUCUUCGAGAAAAGCAUUAGCCUUGGUGGCACCUGGGUCUAUGACCCACGCGUCGAAACCAACGCUUUGGGUCUAGACCCGGCUCGCCAGAUUGUCCAUAGCAGCAUGUACCGCUCGCUCCGGGUCAACCUUCCGAGGCGGCUCAUGGGCUUCUUGGAUUACCCAUUUUCGCUGAAAGAGGGUGGGGAUCCGCGAGAGUUUCCGGGUCACGAGGAGGUGCUCCGGUACCUUGAAGAUUUUGCCCGGGAUUUCCGGUUGGUUGAGUUGAUACGGUUCGGGCACGAGGUGGUCCGGGUUGAACAAGUCAAUGAAGUGAGUCACGAAUGGGUGGUUGAGUCGAGGACUCGGGGAAGUGAGUCAGAGAUGGAGGGGGAGGUGUUUGAGGCCGUGGCGGUGUGUAAUGGUCACCACACCGAGCCAAGAAUUGCUGAGUUUCCAGGCAUGGAUAUUUGGCCAGGAAUGCAAGUACACAGUCACAACUAUCGAACUCCUGAGCCAUUUCAGAACCAAAUUGUGGUGUUAAUUGGAAAUGGACCUAGUGCACACGACAUCUUGAGAGAGAUCUCCUCUGUUGCAAAAGAAGUUCAUCAAGCCUUGCGAGCCUCGGAUGUGCAUUUUAAAAAGUUGGAAAAUCGCAAUAAUAUCUGGCAGCAUUCAGUGAUAAAAUGUGCUAAUGAAGAUGGUAAAGUAGUAUUUCAAGAUGGAUCAUUUGUUUAUGCAGAUGCCAUCAUCCAUUGUACUGGGUUCAAGUAUCAUUUCCCCUUUUUAAGAACAAAUGGAAUAGUGAGCGUGGAUGACAACUGUGUUGGACCUCUGUAUAAACAUGUUUUUCCACCAUGCUUGGCUCCUUGGCUUUCUUUUGUAGGACUUCCUUACAGGGCUGCUCCCACUUUAAUAAUUGAGUUACAGUCCCGAUGGGUGGCAAAAGUUUUAGCUGGCAAGUUGGCACUGCCAAGUGAAGAAGAGAUGGCAUCAUCUGUGGAAGAACUCUACCAGCACAUGAAGGAGAGUGGAUUGCCAAAGCACCACACUCAUCAGCUUCAGCAGAACAAGUUUGAUUACGAAAACUGGCUAGUCACUCAAUUGAGAUUACCACCCCUGGAGGAGUGGAGAGAAGAGAUGUAUUUCCAUGCGUUGAAGAAGAUUACUUCACAUGAUGAUGAUGAAUAUCGGGACACCUGGGAUGUCAUAGGUGGAUGUAAGGAUACUACAGCAUGCUAAAGGCCAGUUCUUUGUAAAGGUGAUAGAGAUUAAUAUGAAGUUUAUUAUCUCUAUCUCUUUUCUUUUUUUCUUUUUUCUUUGUUUUUUUCUCCUCUUUUUCUUCUUUCAUGGGUCACACUGACCCAAAAAGAUAGGUUAUAGUUAUUUAAGUAGUAACUUAUUAAGCCUUCACACAGGUAAUAGGAUCCGCUCUAUUUCAAGUGAAAUUGAGUAAGUUAUUUUAUGGUUGAGAUUUAGUGUCAGGUGAUAAAUUUGUUAGCAAGUCAUUCAAAAAGUUUAAAUAAUGUGGCAUCAUUUACAUUGUUAGAU